AUGGCUCGUCCAAUCCUUCAGCCUCUGCGCGCAUGCAGUAACCCGGUCUUCUCUUGCUCACUCCAAAAGUCCAUUCUGGCAACAAUCACCGCAGUCUCCCAGCAACCGCACCGCCGUCAACCCGCCGCUUUCCGAUCCCGUCUUCACGCCCACCGUCCUUACCACUCCCGCCAUCACCCUGAACUCCCACCCCACGAAUACACAAACUCCCAAACGACUAUUCUCGCUGCGGCUCUGAAGCAUGUCCCGUCUCACGGCUUCACCAAGGAUGCCCUUACGCUUGGUGCUCGCGACACUGGCUUCUUAGACGUCUCGGUGCAGCUCCUCCCGCGCGGCGAAUUCGAUCUCAUCCUCUUUUGGCUUGCCAGCCGACGAGGUCUCCUCCGUGCAGCGGUUGAGCAGAGUGGCCUUCUGACGACGGCAAGCCCAGUUUCUGUGGAGGAUAAGACAAAGGCGUUGAUCAUGGAACGGUUGCGCAUGAAUAAAGAUAUACGGCAUCAGUGGCAGGACGCCCUAGCACUGAUGUCUUACCCCUCCAACAUUCCCCUCUCCCUCUCUGAACUCCACGCCCUCUCCUCAGACAUACUCCACCUAGCUGGCGACUCCUCGGUCGACGCAUCCUGGUACACGAAACGUCUCUCCGUCAGCGCUAUUUACGCAUCCGCGGAAGUAAUAAUGACCCGGGACUCGAGCCCCGAUCUCUCGGCAACAGAGGCGUUCGUUACGCGGCGGGUUGAGGAUAGCAAGGCCAUUGGGGACAAACUUAGUGGUGCGAAGCAAUGCCUUGGUUUCAUGGGGUCAACGGCUGUUGGGCUGGGAAGGAGUUGGGGGUUGAAGAUCUAA